GGCAUUGGUACUAUCGAUAUUGUACAUGAGUUCCCCGCCCUGCAGGGUUUUCGCUGUAUUCAGGUGAACUAGGCCGUCCAUGAGGCCUUUUGACAGACAUGAACUUGAACUUUGUCUCUACAUGGCCACAGUAGGCUAUGCAAGGCCAAUCUUACCAAGAUCUCUCAACGGUUGUACUCGAACAAAUCUUGUCGUCUUGCUAAUGGUCAUACGUACAUGCAGUGCAGAGAACAAUCAGCGCUAUGUAUGUAGCAUUGACCGGGACCACGGGAUACUCAUGUAUGGACAUGUUUGGUGUGAUCUGAUCCAAUAUCCUGUACAUCGCCCUUCAAAUCGAAUCCCAAGCUUGAAUAAUCUAUCAAGCAAUGAGCCGCCAGCCGAUCUCGCGACACACCUUCACCGCGCUUAAUAGCACUUUCAUCGUUGACGGCGAGUACCAGUUCGUCAAGGAGCUUGGUCAGGGCGCGUACGGUUGUGUUGUUGCUGCCCGCCACCGUCGAUCAGGCGAGGGAUGCGCGAUCAAGAAGAUCACGAACAUUAAUACCAAGGUGCCUAUCUUUGCUUCACAAAUCAGAUUGUUACAUCAUUUCAGGGGACACAAGAAUAUCACAUGCCUAUAUGACAUGGAUAUCGUCUUCCAAUCCAAUGGGAAUUUUGACGAAGUCUAUCUCUAUGAAGAAUUGAUGGAGGCUGAUCUUCAUGCCAUCAUCCGGUCUGGACAACCGCUCACCGACGCACACUUCCAGUCCUUCCUUUACCAGACCCUCUGCGGGCUUAAAUACAUUCACAGUGCCAACGUGCUCCACCGCGAUCUUAAGCCCGGAAAUCUCCUUGUCAACGCAGACUGCGAGCUCAAAAUAUGCGACUUUGGCCUGGCUAGAGGCUUUACCCCUGGUGGUGGUACGAGCAAGAGCGCCGGAAACCAGGGGUUCAUGACGGAGUACGUCGCAACACGAUGGUAUCGUGCGCCAGAAAUCAUGCUUAGCUUCGCGAAUUAUACGACGGCCAUUGACGUCUGGUCUGUCGGCUGUAUCCUUGCCGAGCUCUUGGGCGGCAAGCCAAUUUUCAAAGGACGAGACUAUGUCGACCAACUGAACCAAAUCCUUCACUACCUCGGUACACCCUCUGAGGACACUCUCCGCCGUGUCGGAUCUCCAAGGGCUCAAGACUACAUCCGCUCUCUCCCCAUCAAGCCACGCGUGCCUUUCCAGACACUCUACCCGCACGCCAACCCACUCGCCAUCGACCUCCUGCAGCAGAUGCUCUGCUUCGACCCCGCCAAGCGCAUCAGUUGCGAGGCUGCGCUCAACCACCCGUAUCUGCAGCCGGUCUGUGAUACCAAAUUUGACUUUUCGUUCGAGGAGGAAGACUCUAUCGAGGGAAUGAAGAGGCUCAUCAUCGAGGAGGUCCAAUCGUUCCGUGCUGAGGUGCGCGCUCAGGCAAGGGCCACGGGCCAGAUCAAGAGACAAGACAGUCUACCCAUCCCCUCUCGGGACGAGAUUAUCAGCUCGCCGGUGCAGGAGUACGGCCCACGCCCAUCGUCGCCUAUCAUGGAUGACCCUAGCGAUGCGCUUGAAAAGGAGCUUGCGGGGACGCAUAUUGGGAGGCGAUGAUCGAUUCACUGGUUAUCUGGUUUGAGCAUGAUUUCUUGCUUCGCGUUUGUUGUUCCUGGACGUUGUGACUGUUUGUUAGAGCUCGUAAUGAUGUGCGGACAUGGAAACAGUACUGGAAAAUGCAAAGAUGCUACAUACAUACUUAUGUACAUUACGUUUCUUGUACCGAAAGCAAGAUAGAGUUUGUCCGCUGUAUGUGAAGUUGCACCGGUACAUCUUCGCCGCGGUCAUUUACAGAA